CCCCUAUGUGGCUCGUGCGUAAGGGUUUGGCAGAAGGGAGCGCACCACGUAAACAAAAGCACAUUGUCGGUGUGACUGCCAGCCAGUCUGCGAGCCAAGAGCGGGAGAAGUGGACAGUCUUUUCCUUUGCUCUCUAGACAGCGAGGGGGGCUUUCCAAAGCUUUAAUAGAUCCGCACGCGACACUACAGCCGAGAUGGGAUCACCUGUCCCUGUCCUCCUGCCCUGCAUGGAGGUCUGAGGCAAAGUGAAGCAGGCCGUAAUAUCCUCUGGAAAAUAAGACAACUAAAGCCCUGAGGAGCCAUGCCGUGUGUGCAGACCCAGUGCGGCUCCUCUCCUCAAGGAGCCAGCCCGGCCUCCCAGAGCGCGGGUGGAGAGCGCAGCUGCGACUUUCUCACCCCGGAGUUUGUCAAGUAUAGCAUGGACCUUACGAACAGUGAAAUCUCCACUUCAACAUCGGCUCCCAGUUUCGGCUCCAUGGGUGACACUUACGGCGCCGGGUACGACGUGAAGCCCCCGUGUCUCUUCCAGAUGCCGGUGCAGGGGGAGCUCUCGUGCGUCAAGGUGGAGGAUACGCACGGGUGUCCGCGGUAUCAGCCGGGUCAGCCUCACCCGCACCAGUCCGACGAGCUGCUCUCCUCCCCGGGCUCCAUUUAUUACUACCGGCCUCCGUCGCCGCACACCCCCAUCACAUCCAACUUUCAAACUCCACCCGGACACAUAUGGGAGGACUCUGGCUCUCUGUACAGUUUUCGAGAGGACUAUUUGGCGGCGGCGCACAGGAAAAACACACUCUCCAGAUUCUCGCUGUUUUCCCUAAAACACGCGCCACACGGCGGCCAGAGCUUGUCCACCUGCCAGAUGAAAGCAGACGGAUCUCUGCAUGUGUCCAUGAACCUUGACGCAGCCGGGGCGCACCAAACGCUGGAUAGCCCCGGCGUCCUGGGCUCCACUGCCCACGGAAAGCAGCCCGGAGUGGGAUUUCCUCACCCGCUCCAGUUCGCCCACGGACAACACUUUAUGGACUACCAGACCUCUUGUGCUCCCAGCCGGGGACCGCUGAGCGCGGAGGGACUGUGCGCCGUCUGCGGGGACAGCGCAGCAUGCCAGCACUACGGAGUGCGCACCUGCGAGGGCUGCAAGGGUUUCUUCAAGCGCACAGUACAGAAAAAUGCCAAGUACGUGUGUUUGGCAGCCAAAAGCUGCCCGGUGGACAAACGCAGGAGGAACCGAUGCCAAUAUUGCCGCUUCCAGAAGUGCCUUGCGGUGGGAAUGGUCAAAGAAGUGGUGAGGACAGACGGUCUGAAAGGACGAAGGGGACGCCUGCCGUCCAAACCCAAAUCUCUCCCGGACUCAUCUUUACCAGUCAGCACCCUCCUGAGCACCCUCAUCAGGGCGCACGUGGACUCGAACCCUCCGCCUUCUCGCCUUGACUUUCUUAAAUUUAAGGAGAGUCCAGGAAGCCCCCCGGGCGACGACGCCCAGCACGUGCGGCAGUUCUACGACCUCCUGACCAGAUCGAUGGAGGUGAUCCGGGGCUGGGCCCAGAAGAUCCCGGGCUUCACCUCCCUGCCCAAGCACGACCAAGACCUCCUCUUCUACUCGGCUUUCCUGGAGCUCUUCGUCUUGCGGCUGUCAUACAGAUCCAACCCGGAGGACGGGAAGCUGAUCUUCUGCGACGGGUCGGUGUGGCACCGGCUCCAGUGCCUGCGUGGCUUUGGGGAGUGGAUCGACAGCAUCGUUGAGUUCUCCGCUAAUCUGCAGAGGAUGAACCUGGAUGUGUCUACCUUCUCUUGCAUAUGCAGUCUCGCCUUGGUCACCGCAGAGCGGCACGGACUGAAGGAGCCGAAGAAGGUGGAGGAGCUGCAGAACAACAUAGUGAAGUGCUUGAAGGACGCCGACGGCCUCUCGGACCGCUGGUCUAACCCCUUGUCCAGACUUUUGGAUAAACUGCGUGAACUUCGCACUCUGUGCAUCCAAGGCCUGCAGAGGAUCUUCUAUCUGAAGCUGGAGGACUUGGUGCCGCCGCCUGCAGUGAUAGAUAAGUUAUUCCUCGACACGUUGCCAUUUUAGAGACAUUAAAGAACACACAUGGGGACGUUUCUUCUCCUUUGAUUUAAUCCAAACAGUUGUUGCUGACAGUUUGACAUCUGUGCGCCGUGGAAAAAGACAUUUUAAAAUCUAAAAUUGAGUUGUUUAAUCACAUUCUCCUCAAAACAAGUCGACCACUUUUAAAUUGAUGGGGGGGGGGAAUAAUAUCAAGAGAUAUGUUUGCAAAAUUUGAAUUAUGCGAGGGUCUAAGAGAGUCUGCAGGAAAGGAGAAAUUAAUUAAAAGUCCGUACUUUGAAUUUACUUUUACUUUAUAUUUGCAGUGUGAUUUUACCAAAAUGAUUGUUAAAGCCAUUUUACAUUCUUAUAAAGAGGCAGAUUUUGGUACGAGACAGGUGUUUCCCAUCAUGCUUAGGUUUUUUAUAACAUAUAUGAGUCUGAUUGUGAUUAAUAUAAUAAUAUUAUUUGGAGACUCUGGUCUGUUGUGUUCUCAGAGUAAACUGUCAGUGUUAAUGUUUUAAUAAAUAAAUUACUAUUA